UGAAGAGAAGACACACGGUGUAAUCAGUAAUCAGCGAUUUGUGGUGGUAGUGAUAUGGAUCGAGAAUGGGGUUCGAAGCCAGGGAGCGGUGGUGCUGCGACGGCGCAGAACGAAGCCAUCGACCGUCGAGAGCGUCUCCGGCGACUUGCUUUGGAAACAAUCGAUCUCGCAAAAGAUCCCUAUUUCAUGCGAAAUCACCUUGGGAGCUAUGAAUGCAAACUGUGUCUCACUCUUCACAACAACGAGGGUAACUACUUGGCACACACACAGGGAAAACGACACCAAACCAAUUUGGCAAAGCGUGCUGCUCGCGAGGCCAAAGACGCACCCGCUCAACCCCAACCUCACAAGCGCAAAGUCUCCCUUCGAAAAACAGUUAAGAUUGGUCGCCCUGGCUACCGUGUCACUAAGCAAUAUGAUCCUGACACUAAGCAACGAUCUCUCCUCUUCCAGAUUGAAUAUCCUGAGAUUGAAGACCUCUCGAAGCCAAGACACCGAUUCAUGUCUUCCUACGAGCAGAGAGUGCAACCAUUUGAUAAAAGAUAUCAAUAUCUUUUGUUUGCAGCUGAACCAUAUGAAAUAGUUGCUUUCAAGGUACCUAGCACAGAGAUUGAUAAGUCCACUCCAAAGUUUUUCUCGCACUGGGACCCAGACUCAAAGAUGUUCACGCUGCAGUUGUAUUUUAAAACUAAGCCACCAGAGGCAAACAAACCACAGCCUGCCUCUACAGCCAAUGGCACAGCAGCACCUGGUGUUCCACCAAGGCCUAUGCCCCCACCAUCCCAAGCUCCACCACCACCACCUCCUCCUCCGCAAGGGCUACCUCCUGGUGCACCUCCUCCAAUGCCAGGAUCAUUGCCGCCUCCACCUCCUAUGUCAGCAAAUGGUCCUAGACCUGCACCUCCUGGUGGAAUGCCAUCUCUCCCACCCCCACCACCUGUUGGCAGCGGCUCAACGGCUGGUUUCAAUAUGGGUACGAGGCCUCCAUCAAUGCCACCUCCACAAGGUUUUCCACCCCAACAAAUGCAAAGCCAGGGUAUGCGUAUGCCUCCUCCACCCCCUAACAUGGGACAGUAGGUCCUCAGGCCUUAGGGCAGAACGGUGACCAUCAUUAGAAGUCUUAAGCAACUGUAGUAAAAUGUCCCUUAUCCAACAAGGACCAACAGCUUUUUUAUAUCAGAGUCUAGAUUUCAUAAGAAACGCACCAAAUUUCCUGUACACUGUUAUUGUAUCAAGCCUUCGAGUAUUGACUGUGUUCCCCAACAUGGGGUUCUCAAAAUUCUUGAUAUGGUUGGUAAAUUUUUGGUUUGAAUUGUAAGAUUACUGUUCAGUGUUCAUGCUUGAUCGGGUUUAUGUCUUAUGUAGUAACAGAUAAUAACCCCAUAUUAUCCGCUUGGUGAUUCAUACAUCAACGCAUUAGAUUUGGGUCAU